AUGGCUUCGACUGAGUCAAUGGACGUCGAUCAGAUCCUAACCCGCGCCUUGAAGGAGUUUGCCAGUGAAAUUCUAACCCUUACUACCGGUCGGCUCUGCUCGGGUGCCGUAACCGAGCAGUCCAAGUCUUUGGAGCAACAGCACGCUGACGAACUCAAAUCUGCUGAAGAGAAAUACGUUGAACAGCUUGAGGCGGUGCUUAAGGAGAAGAACAAACUGGCUGAGGAGUUGAAGGAGAAGCAAAGUGCUCUGGAUAAGGCCGUCGCGCAGAGAGACAACUUCAAGGAGUCUAACCGCAUCAAUUACCGCGCGGAUAAAAAGCUCGAGGAGGACUUGACUGCGAGUAGACAAGAGACUAAAACCUUGAAGGGCCAGAUCGAGAAGCUUGAACAAGACAACGCCAGCAAUUUGGAAAGAAAUAUGUGGAAUAAAGAGGAUUUUAAUUCUUGUGUAAAAGUGGAUGUUCAUGUUUUUAUUUAUGAUCUUCCUCCGCAACACGAUUUUGACAUUGAUGCUGACGUUGAUAGUGAAGAUUAUAUGGAUAAUAUGACUAUUAAUUUCGUGGCGGUAAGCCAGCAAUCCAUUGAAAGAUUGGAGAAAGUUUUGAUUAAAGAUGAUCAAAUUGUAUGUUCUAUUUGCUUCGAGAAUGUUCAUGUUGGUUUGGAAGCUACAAAGUUACCUUGCACACACGCACACACACAUCAUGAAAAAUUUAUUGUUCAGUGGCUACAAACUAGUAAAUUUUGUCCAAUAUAUCGAUUUGAGAUAGUUUAA